GGUCCCACGUGUGCUGGGUUUGUCACGCUCUCGGUUGGGAGAAUGAGGGCGAGCAGGACAGGACACAGCAAGAUAGCUCUCGGCUGAGCCCCCCCGGGCCGAGGAGGGUGCAAGCUGGUGCCGGGGGCGUUUCUCCCGCACUGGUGCUGCGCUGCACGGAAGCCAGUGAGCCAGCUCCCCGGAGGGCGUAAGCUGGCGUAGCUGCACUGAAGUCUUUGGAGUCAGCAGAACUACGCUGAUUUACACCAGCUGAGGAUCCAGCCCCUGUGGUUUACGAUCCUGAGCAGGGAACGUCUCGCCGGUCCUGCCCCAGAUUCCAGUGCAGUUUAACGUCUCUGCGCAAUUGAGGCAGCCGGUGCUGUUGCUGGCAGGGAAAGGGCUGAGUGCCACGUGGGGGAGCAGCAAGGCUGGGGGGUGCUGCGCUGCUUCUCCCUUCCACGUAGAGCCCCAGCAAGCCCUGGCUCGUCCAUGCAGCGGGCGAGGGAGCGAGCGUCCCUGUGCCAGACUGGCCUGGCCCAGCCCGAGCAACGAGGGGGGCUUGCUUCGUAUUUCAGUCAGUAUCUGCUGAGCCAGACAGUUGUUUAAUUUCCCAGGCAGGGACGGGAGGGGAAUGGAAAGUUUCCCUGGGAGCGAGAGUGCUGUGUUUGCAAUGCGCUUCCUGCUUUGUACCAAACGGACAGUUUGUCUUCUCUGAAUGGGACCCGGGGAGACGGACCUGCGAGACCCUCGGGAAACGGAGCCUCGUAGCAACGCCCCGCCGGCCCCCCGGGCACGCUCGUUCACCUUCAGCCAGAGCACAGCGUGGAGCCGGAGCGAGAGGGGGCAGGCAGCCUCCAUGGAGCUUCUGCGCACAAUCAAACUGAUGGCCUGAAAGUGACUGCAGAGGACCCCGCGCCCCCUCUCUGCCAGCCUGGACCCCGCUGCGUGAACGGGACCCAUCCCCUGCAGGUCCCCACUGUGGGCAGGGGAGCCCUCGAAGUGAUUUUCCUGGGGGAGAUUUUUGAACAGGGGGGGUGAAGGCCCAGCUGAGCCUCUUGUGCACGUGGGCUCCCCCCGACUAAUUUGUGGCUCCAAAAUGCUGAACCCGAAGCAUGGCUCCCCGGGGGCCUCCCCCUGCAGCUCCCCCUGCAACUCGCCCAUCCUCUUCAGGAAGCUCAUGAUGAAUCAGAGCAUCCGCAUGCAGCGGCGUUUUACCGUGGCUCACCCCCUCUGCUUUGACAUUGAAAAUGGCCUUUCGUCGGGGAGGAGCCCGCUGGACCCCCAAGCCAGCCCCGGCUCCGGGCUGGUCCUGCAUGGGAACGUCCCUCACAGCCAGCGGCGGGAGUCCUUCCUCUACCGCUCCGACAGCGACUAUGACCUGUCUCCCAAGGCCAUGUCCCGGAACUCCUCCAUCGCCAGCGACCUGCAUGGAGAAGACAUGAUCGUCACGCCCUUCGCGCAGGUCCUGGCCAGCCUGCGCACUGUCAGGAGCAACUUUGCCAUGCUGACACAGCUGCAGGACCGCAUGGCUAGCAAGAGAACUUCUAGCAGCAACCCACCAUCUGCGUGCAAGGCCAGCCUGUCGGAGGAUGCCUGUCAGAAGCUGGCGAUCGAGACCCUGGGAGAACUGGACUGGUGCUUGGACCAGCUGGAGACCCUGCAGACCAGGCAUUCUGUCAGCGAGAUGGCCUCCAACAAGUUUAAAAGGAUGCUGAAUAGGGAACUGUCGCACCUCUCCGAAACCAGCCGCUCUGGCAACCAGGUGUCUGAGUACAUCUCCAGCACCUUCCUGGACAAGCAGCAUGAGGUGGAAAUUCCCUCCCCGACGCCUAAGGAGAAGGUCGCGGAGAAGUCGACGUGCCACAUGGCGCAGAUCAGCGGCCUGAAGAAACUGACACACAGCUCCAGCUUCAUCAGCUCCGGCAUCCCUCGCUUCGGGGUCAAGACAGACCAGGAAGGGCUCCUGGCCAAGGAACUAGAAGAUACAAACAAAUGGGGUCUUGACAUGUUUAAAAUCACAGAGUAUUCUGGCAACCGCCCACUCACGGUCAUCAUGUACAGCAUCUUCCAGGAGCGGGACCUGAUGAAGACCUUCCGCAUCCCAGCCGACACCUUCAUCACCUUCCUGAUGACCCUGGAGGACCAUUACCACGCCGAUGUGGCCUAUCACAACAACAUCCACGCCGCAGACGUGGUCCAGUCCACGCACGUGCUGCUAUCCACGCCGGCUCUGGAGGCUGUGUUCACGGACCUGGAGGUCAUGGCUGCCAUCUUCGCCAGCGCCAUCCAUGAUGUUGACCACCCAGGCGUGUCAAACCAGUUCCUGAUCAAUACCAACUCGGAGCUGGCUCUGAUGUACAACGACGUCUCUGUCCUGGAGAAUCACCACUUGGCUGUGGGCUUCAGGCUCCUCCAGGAGGAAAACUGCGACAUCUUCCAGCACCUCAGCAAGAAGCAGCGGCAGUCGCUCCGCAAGAUGGCCAUCGACAUGGUGCUCGCAACGGACAUGUCCAAACACAUGAACCUGCUGGCAGAUCUGAAGACAAUGGUGGAGACCAAGAAGGUGACCAGUCUGGGAGUCCUGCUGCUGGAUAACUACUCAGACCGAAUCCAGGUCCUGCAGAACAUGGUUCACUGUGCUGACCUCAGCAACCCCACCAAGCCCCUGGAGCUGUACCGCCAGUGGACUGACCGGAUCAUGGUGGAGUUCUUCCGCCAGGGGGACCGGGAGCGGGAGAAGGGCAUGGAGAUCAGCCCCAUGUGCGACAAGCUCAGCGCCUCCGUGGAGAAGUCCCAGGUGGGCUUCAUCGACUACAUUGCUCACCCGCUGUGGGAGACGUGGGCCGACCUGGUGCACCCCGACGCCCAGGAGAUCCUGGACACGCUGGAGGACAACCGGGAGUGGUACCAGAGCAUGAUCCCGCACAGCCCCUCGCUGCCUGAGGAGCAGGACCCCGAGAAGGGCGGCGGGGGGGAGAAGUUCCAGUUCCAGCUGACCCUGGAGGAGGAGGGCGAGUCAGACACGGAGCCGGAGGAGGCCGAGAGCCCGCUGGAGGAGGACAACAGUGGCAGUGACUCCAAGACGCUGGCCACGGACGACUCGGAGUCGGCAGAGUUCGAGCGCUUGUCCCCCGGCUCAGCUGGCAGGGACUCUCCGCCCCCCGCGCACGGCGGCCCGCUCAGGAACAUGCUGGUCAAGCAGAAGGAGGCCUUGCACUUUGACAACAGGAGGGCUCUGGAGAGGACGCUCUCGCAGCCCGACGGCGGCACCUCAUUGGGGUGCCCGGAGCUGGGCCGCAGCGGGAGCCUGGUGGACGGGGAGCUGGGCCUGGACACAGAGGGGAAACUCACGUUUCUGCCGCUGGGGACGUAACGGGCGGGGCCCGCUGUGCCCGUUGCUUGGGUCUGGGAGCCACCCGGAGACUGGGCGCCGCAGGGUCGUUAAUAAAGAGAGCGAGAGCGGGGCCGUGUCCUGGCUCCCCUCCCAGCGGCCUGGCGUGGAGCACACGAGCUCUGUGGGCCCCCACCCUCCCAUAGCACCUGCUGGGGACUGAGAUCGGGACCCUCCGGAGGGAGCAGGCAGCAGCAGGCCAGGCAGGCCCGGACUGGAAUUGUCAAGCUGCCGUGUGCCCUCGAGUGGCGACCGGGCAGCUCCCACGCGGCGUGGGAAUGGCUCUGUACCUGACCAGGCCCCCAGCCGCCCUGGGCGGGUCUGUGUGCUGUCGCUGGGCUCGGACGGGGCUGCGGCCACAGCAUUGUCAUGUGUGUCUUGCCUCACUCUCCUCGGUCUCACCCUGUGCCCUGCGUCCCCGCGCCUGCCAGCCAGGGCCCUCCUUGGCCGGGCAGAAGGGCUGGGAGCGGAGGGGAGGGCAGACGGGCCAUGCAGACCCAUGAGCAUCCCUGCUGCUCACAGCUAAGCACUGUGUCCCCUUCAGGCUGCUGCUCUGGGCACAUGCCCUUUGGCUCCCGAGUGGGGAGCGUGUUCCCUGGUACCCCUGGGCCGGUCCCCCUUGGAGCCUGGCCCCCUCCCCCUCCCCGUGCCGGGAUGCUGACUCUCCUCCCAGGAAGGCCAGGCCUUGGAGCCACAUGCACAUCGGACCUGUGCCAGCCCGGGGGCCCAGCUAAGCCUUCAGCAGCAUCCCUGCCUUGCUGGCCUGGCUCCCCACCUCGAGCUCCUGCGCAGCCAGUCUGCAGCCUCUUGCCUGUUAGCGGCUCGUUGGCCCCCACGGGCCGGCCCAGCGCUCCCUCUGCGAAGCCUCAGCCCCGCCUCCUCGUGCGUUUCGCCCGCUGUGCAGCGUGUUCCCUGCCGCGGCAGUCCCCAGAGACCAGCCAGCCCCUCGCCACUUCCCUCCCGUCCAGACACUCUGCUCCCCGGGCAGUUCCCCAGCCAGCCACCCCCUCCUGUGGAAGGGGAUGUGGGGCGGGGACCCCCUUCCAGGAGGUGGGGCUUUGCCCCCACGUUCCAGCUCCAAGCACUGCGUCCCGUGGCUGGAGCGCUGGGUGCAUGCAGGCCGCAGCUGGGAUUUCCUCACAGGGUGCCUGUCCCAUCAUCUCCCCAGGAGCUCUGGGGCCGGGCACUCAGCUCCUGUGACCUGGCGCAGCUCCUUGGUACCCAGCAGAGCUGCCGGCCUCGGGCCCUGUGAGGAACAGAGCCGGGAGACAGGAAGGAACCCUGUCCAUGUCACCGGGCGCAGGCCUCUCUCCCCCAGGCCUCCCCGCAGGCUGCGUCCAGGGAGGUGACUCCCUGUCGAAGGGUUUGGAUUCUACCCGCGUAGCGGCUGGGCCCAGAGUCCAGGCCCAGCUGUUCCCACAGGGGAAGGAGAAGCUGUCUGGGUCUCGGGCACCUUUAUCCGGGCUCUCGGUGCCACACCAGAGCUGUGCUGCUCAAGCUGUGGGUAGCCCCUUCCCCGCCCCGCCCGGCCCAGCUGUGUGGGGCCCAGUGAAGCCAGCAGGAGGCACCACUGGGAAAGGGCGUUUCAGAGCAGGGCGGUGGGUCUCUGUAUUUACAGGAGCUGUCGCGGAAAAGCGUCUAGUCUGCCCGCCAGGGAGACCCCGUUCUCACGCCUUGUCCUGCGCUGGGUACACGGGACCUCGGCCGCGCAAGUACUGUAGGCUUUGGUGUGCUGCUGUGAAUCUCCAUUGCCUCUAAUUUAUGCAA